UUGAAAAUAAAUACACCGAAUUUGGUUAAAUCAACUUUGACGUCAUCGAGCAGUUUACUUUUCUCGUUAAACGGAAACUGUCUUCGUCUUCGUCAGUCUUCGUUGCGUGAUACUUAUAUAAUGUGUUAGUGGUUUGUGUUCAUCGCGUUAAUUUUCCGCCGAUAAUGACUUACAAACGCAGGAAAUAUCACAGGGGAGAUACACAUUUGAAAAAGGGUUGGCGAACGAAAAGAAGAACGAAAGAUUUAGACGAGAUCAACGCGGAUUUGAAAGGUGAAAAUGUAAGAGAGUUGCUAAAUCAAGAAGUAGAUUUGGAUAAACCCGGAGCGGGCCAAUAUUACUGUUUACACUGCGCGAGACAUUUUAUAAAUAACACUGCUUUGCAAGAUCAUUUCACAACCAAAGUACACAAAAGAAGACUAAAAGCUCUAGAAACAGAACCGUAUACUAUAGAAGAUUCAGAAAGAGCUGCUGGAAAGGGAAAUUACAUUGCUCCUCAGAAACGUAAAAUUGAGACCAUUACACGUGAAAGUUUUCAAAUGGAUGCAGAAUCAGAUGUUACACCACAAACAAAAGUAGCAAAACUUGACGCGUAAACAUGAAUUUGUAUGGAAUGUGAUAAUUGUUAUUUAUUUAGGAAAUUGAUUUCAUCUUGCAAAGAAAAUAAUAUAUUUGUUUUAUUGU